GAGUCUCGGGCUGCAGUAACAUCACAGCGCAUUCCACAGCAGCCCAGAGCUGCCAGCGUCUUAUUAGGAGCAGAGGACUGUACGGCAAAACCACUCGACUGUAGGCUGUCCAAAAACUGCUCUGCUGGUUCAGAAGAAGAAAAUACAGAGGAGAAAGAGGCUAUGCUAGGUCUCGGUCUCAGUGCCGCUGGUUAACUUGAUAUGGUCUUUGUGCAGGUUCAUUGCGAUGAAGACGCUUCAUCAUUCCAAGAUGAUAUUUACAUGUGUUCUGUUUUUCAUCAUUUAUUGUUUGGUUGGUGUCAAUGAUGCAAUACAAAUGGAUAACCCAGCUUCCGUCACCGGCAGCUUGAGGAAAAAUGUCACAAUUCCUUGCAAUUUUAAGGUUACUCCAGAUCAACCAAUUAAUAGUGCAAAUGUCAUUUGGUGGAAGGACCAGGCUUACAGUGGCCCUCUCCUCUAUCGAUGCGGAAGGAACGCUGACUUGUCCGGGAACUGCACAGAAUCAACUGGCCGCUAUUCUUUUGGGGAAAAUCUUACAGAACGAAACAUAGCACUGCGGAUAAGUAAUGUCACACACAGUGAUGUUGGAGUGUACUUCUGUCGCAUCGAACUGGAAGAAAAAGUGAACUGGUUUACAUCAAAUGGAAUUAUUCUGAAAGUGAAAGAGCCCCAGAAAUUGCGGCGUAUUUAUAUUCAGACCACUGUGACGGGGGAGCACUGGGUUACAUGUGAAGUUUCUGGAGAGCCUCUACCAACUGUAAACUGGACCCAGCCGGAAAACAUCACCACCUCCCAGUUAUUUUUCCAGACUGGCUUCCUGGCGUCAUAUUCUCUUCCUGUGUCCCCCAAUACCAACUAUACCUGCCAGAUAGAUGGAGAGAAUGGGCCAGAAGCACAGUCAAUAUACAACAGUCACCAGGAAUCUACGCAAUCUACGUGUGUGUGUCAAGAUGACAUGUAUCUAGCCAUGCUUGGAGGGCUGGGGGCCGUACUGGGAAUUGUUCUUAUUGUCAACCUCUUUGUCUUGGCACACUGCUGCAGGAGAGAGAUGGAAUCUAUAUGAAUGCCUGCAAAACUACUCCCACUUCAAAAUAAUCUACUAAUGUUAGUAACCGCCUUGAGUGAAAGGUUUAUAGGCUGGCGAAUUCUUCAGCAAAAUUGCCUUAAUUUUUAUACUUUCUUCUACCUUCUGUUUUUAAUAUUUACAUUUACGCAAUGAUCUUUAAUGCAAAGUGCUAACAUUGCAGUUUGUCACUAAAAAACUCAGGUUGUCUAAUAAUGUAAAAUAUUUUGCACAAUUUGGGUCAUUUCAUUAAAUGAAACUGACCUGAACCUUCUGUAGAUACUCAUGUCAUCAUGUGGUGGCCCGAAGCCAAAAUGUCAAAGCCUGCAAUAACUUGACGUGGCACCUGAGCUAACAAUUAUCUCUCGCUGUAUGACUGCACAAGUAGACAGUUACAUAAGAAAUAAUGGAGAAAGGAAUGCCUUUUCAGUGUAUAAAUUAAUACACUUUAACACAUGGUUUUUAGCUCAGAGUACAUUACAUGAGAUCUGUGCAGCACUACAAUGUCAGUUUAUUAACUGUGGAGUUGUGUAGCAUCUUUUUAUUUAUUUAUUUUAUGGGUUUUUUUUUGGAAAAUGAAAAAUGUUCUGACCAUGCUGUAAAUCACGUUAUCAAAUUGUAUGAUUAUCUCUCUCCAUGCCCCUCUCCCCUAUCCAUGCUCCCCUCUCACCGCUUUAAGCCUGAAGC